GAGCGUUUGUUGCCGCCAUAGGUGGAGGUUGCACCGGAGCAUGUUGGGAUUAAAGCUGUGAUCACCACCAGCGUGACGCACGGGGGAGAGAAGAGCAGGCGCGCCACGAGCGGAGGAGCCACGUUGGAUGAGAGCCGGUGGCAAGUGGAGAUGAUGCGGGAGCUCGUUGUGUGAGGAGGAUGCUCCUGUCUCGCUUCCUGGUGGCGUGCGCGACAAGUUUGGACUGAGAUAUCGCAGAGGAGCGUGUUCGUGUGUGGGAUGUAUUUCCUUCAAAUGCAAGAAGAAGAAAAAAGCUCAAGUGGACGUAGUUUUGUGCCGUGAAGAGAUUUUUGCGCCGUGAGAGGAGCGAACAAAAGCGUGCGUCAGGCGCAACACAAAUCUGGGUAAACAAAUAUGACGGCCUGUUUGGACGCUGCCUCGUGUCUGCUGAUGAGUUACGACAGAAUUACAAAACUCGGAUGAAUUCUGGAAGGUGAUUAAUUACAGGAGACAGGGGGGGGUCUAACCCAGGUAGCGCAUCCAUCUCCCGCGGUCGUGCGUAAUGGGAGAAAAGUUUCGGAACCUUUCCGAGGAGACGCACUCUCAGCUUCCCGUCGCUCGUCAAUAACAUGUGAUUCCAGCUCUCGUGUCUGCGAAGGACCAAGUUUGAAAGUGAAUUCCAAGCGUCCAGUAUGACUUGAAACACCACCGAGGUCAUCUGAACGCGCAUCAAGCCAGUGAACGAUCCAUGACACGAUUUGUCCAAAGACGCGCAGACGGACAUUGAUGAUCUAGAGAGGAUUUCUUCUUCUUCUUCUCCUUCUCCUGCAGCAGCAGCAGCAGCAGCGGCGGCGGUGCAGUGAAAGCCUGAUCCCGGUUAAAGAAAGAGAGAGGUUCCCCCCUGGAUGUCUAUGAUGUUGUGCCAGCUCGGGCAGAGGGGUGUGAUGGAGGUGGUGGUGCUGACCGUCCUGUCCUGGGUGUCCGUGUGGGCAGAGGAGAAGAUCAUAUUCGACAGACACGCUGUCUACUGGAACAGCUCCAAUCCCAAGUUCUGGCACGGAGAGUACAGGGUGGCGGUGAACAUCAAUGACUAUCUGGACAUCUACUGUCCUUACUAUGAGGGUCCUCCAUCCCACGGGCGCAUGGAGCGCUACAUCCUCUUCAUGGUCAACCACGAGGGCUACACUUCCUGCCAGCACAGGAUGCGUGGCUUCAAGCGCUGGGAGUGCAACCGUCCCAGCGGUCCUGACGGACCCCUGCGCUUCUCAGAGAAAUUCCAGCUCUUCACUCCCUUCUCCCUGGGCUUUGAGUUCAGGCCCGGACAUGAGUACUACUACAUCUCGUCUCCUCACCCGAACCAUGUGGGGCGGGCGUGUCUAAAGCUGAAGGUGUAUGUCAGACCUCCAGAUGGGUCGGGAUAUGAUUCUCCGGAACCCUUCCUGACUGAUGGCGGUCGGAGCUGGAGUCCAGGGUGUGUGGCCCUGUUAGCUGUUCUGGCCUCACUGGGACUCUCCUCCUGGCUGUGACCCCUCUCCCCCUCUUCCUGGAGCUCCCACCCAGGGUUGCUGAGCCGGGCUGGCUGUCCCUCUAAAUCCACCACCCCUCAGGGAAGCCUUCUGUCUCUGCCCCCCCCCCCUUUCCCACCUCCACCUCUAUUCAACCACCAACCACCCCCACUGCCAGCCCCCUCCAUGGCCCAGUCGUGGACACCCUACCCAGACCUGGCUGAGAGGGCUGGGGUCGUGAGCUCCCUGGGAAUCGGCCCUUCAUCUCUGAUCCCCAACUUCUGGGUGGGACAGCACCUCUCAGCUGAAGAACACAAGGGAAAUGUCUCUGCACUCAUAUCAGGGGGUCCUUUUUGAUUUGACUAUUGACUCUUAGCCACUGAUGGGGUAGAUAUAGCCGUGGCUAUGAUUAAACUUGUCGCGUGCAAUUCCUAUCAUCCAAUCACGGCAGGAUGCAUUUAGCGAUAGGCCUGGAUGCACAAAAAUUGGAUUUUUUGCACACAUUGCUUUCCCAUCCUCACACCAAGUAUUGGAAGUGGCCAAGCUUGAAUUGUAAUUGGAAUUCUGCACUAUCUGGAUGAAUUCCAGCUACAAGGAGAAAAAAAGAGCCGAUGUACAGAGAUGGAGAGGAAGGAGAGUGGCCUGGCCUGUGCAGAAAAGAAAAUAGGAAACGACGCGGGCACCGAUUUAAAUAUGGGAAAUGUAAUAUUGUAUGUGUUGAUAUUUUCAGACCCAGUGUAUAUGCACAGCGACGUGAUAUAAAAGUCAUAGAGAUUGAUUUUUUAUGAGAAGCUCAAAUAUCAUAUUAUAAUGACAAGUAUAACCAUAGCCUGUUUCAGUAGGAGGGUUGGGAGUGUUUGAGGGGAUUUCUGGGUGGGUUUGGUGAGGUGUACAUUUUUUCAGGUGGGGCGUGUUUUGUCUUCGUGUUUCUAAACAAAGCAUUUAUCACGGCCUGGCCAGCACAGGCGUCUUCAGCACCGUCUAAUGUCGACCGGGUCGGGUGACUUUUGGAACCAUGUCUUUCUCAUGUAUGAAUGUACCACUGGUCACCCACCUCUUUGUCUCUCUAUUCUUUUUUUGACUGUGGUCACUUACGGUACCUUCUCUUCUUCAGACU